CUGGGGGAUCUCCCUCCAGAGCGACGUAUGGGUGAGGGCCCUCGUAAGGUGGGGCACGAAGAUGCCAAGUGGUCACAUGAGGGAGGAGGGCAGCUGCACCCUCCGGGGGAGAAGGAUGUCACAAUGCAUGAUGCGCUGCUGAGGCCGGUGGUGGAAGCGGCUAGCGUCCUGAACCAGCAGCAGAGUGCCUUGAAUCAGCAGCAGAAUGGGGAGGUUGCCCGACCAAUGGAGGAGUGCCGGGGCGAGAGGAUCCAGCGAGAGAUCCCGGCAUCAGCUCCAGGGGUCACUGUUGUGUCGCCAACAGAAACUCAGACAGUGGUCACUCCCGUUGUCUCACAGCGUCCUACGCAACAGAAUGAGGUUGGGUCCGCUGGUUGGUAUGCUAGGACCAUGCAGGAUAUGCCGCUGUCGGCCCAUGAACAGACUCAUCCUCAGCAUCAGGCAGAGGUAGGGAGCGCGGGGUGGCAUGAUGGAGGCGGUCGUAUUGAUGGUGUCGAGGGGAGUUUUGAGGGGCAACAGUAUCUGGGAGGGGAUGGCUUUCCCCCCCAGCAAGCAUCUGAGUUCCCGUCAUCAGCUCCAGAUGUCACUGUCACCCCGUCACCAGAAACCCAUAUUGGGGCGGUCACCCCCGUUAUCUCACAGUGUCCGGCGUUGGUUGGUGAGUCGCAGACUCUUGCUGACCGCCGAACUGAGGUUGGGAAGGAUGUACGCUACGAAGGAGAGAGAGGUGCUGGUGCCGUAGAAGCGGAAAUUGAAAAACUGCAACUACAAGAGGAUGUUGGUCAAUCCACUCAUCAGGUCUCCCAUCCUCAACCGUCGGCGUCCUGUGUUAUAGUCACUUCGGUACAAGCGGCGCCUGUUGCAAAAGCAUCAAUUCUCCCACCGUUCUCGCAGGGUCAACCGGGACCGUCCCUUUUAUCAGUGAUUGAUCGGGCGGCUUCCUUUUCCAUAUUCAGGGUCAACAUUGAGGCACGACACUCUCUUACCUUUCAGGGGCCUGCGGAUGGUGGAUGGUUGUUGGAGGGUGUGUGCCCGUCAUCACGGUUGCAGGGAGGGGGGUGGCUGGUGGAGGAGCCCCCCUCCAUUUCCCCGUCUCGUUCAUUGACUUUAGUGGGGGGUCCUGUCCAGACCCGGCCCCCAUCCCCUGUAAGGGAUAGGGAUGUGCAUGCUUCUGUGACUAUGGGGGUUGAUGGUCCCAUACUGGGUGGCCCAUGUGACAGGGCGGAGCCAUCAUCUCAACAGAGGAGUAUGUGUGCCCCAGCGGCUUUGGCUGCUGAGGGGCCUAUACAGGAAGGCCCGGGCCCAUCGUCUCGGCGACCGCGGCUUGAGGAAGAGCUUCCUCUUGCCCCUAUGCUUGCUGAUGUGCCCAUGCAGGAUGGCUCGAGAGCUGGCGAGGGGUUGAAGGAGGAGUCUGGGGAAGGAUGGGUGAGUAGGGAACGGUCGCGCGCUCGCAAGAGGGGGAGGAAGGGGAGGUCUCACGUGGCAGGCGGGGGUGGGGACAAAGGUAAGCAGCAGGUGGUUCGGGGCUCUUCGGCAUCCGAGGAGGACGAGACGCCUAGGAAAUUUAGAGAGCUCAAUCAGUCUGGAGUCUUGAGGAUUCCGGGGGUGGAUGAGGACAGUCUACUGGCAAGAAGAAGGGGCAAUGUUGGACGCCCGCCUCAAGUCAGGAGUUCAACACGACUGGAGCAGGUAAUUGAGGACCGAGUAAGAUUAAUGUCUCCGGAUCCGUUGCGGGGCGCAAGCGAGGAGUUUCGGGAUGAGGAGCCAGAGCCGCGCACGAAAGGAAGGAAUCUGAACCCGAGGGAGGGGGACCCAUUCAAUGGUAGGUUACGCAUGCAGCUGCUGGAUGGGGUGUUGGAGGAUUUGCUUUCAGAAGGAAGGCUGUAUUUGGUCCCUUUGGUGUUCAUGGAGAGUGUGUCGAUUUUGCAUGUGCUUACUGUCUUGGCUUCGGCAGGCGUACAUAAUGCCCGUUUUCCGAUGGUUGCUCUCUCCGCUAUGUCCAAUCAGCAACGUGCCCUCACAGCGGCCCGGGAAUGGGUGGGCUCCUCGGCUGAAUUGGCCAUGGUUCCUGGAACUUCGGCCAUCCGCUUGUUGGCUCCUACGAGUCAUGUUUUUUCGGUAGGUUUAUACUGUUUUUUUGUGAGAGCCAAGUUUGACCAGUCGCAGAAUAAUGCCCCGUUCGCCCCCACCUUCGGGUGGCGGAACUUCGCGCUGGUACUGGACUUUGCGGAGGCGAAGAUGAAGAGGUCAUCCCACUCUCCCUUGAUUGUUUCUAUGGGACACCCUUUUGAUCCGUUGGAACCAAGGGCGGAUAGUACCUCAGAUAUCCGCAGGUACGUGGAAUUGUUUUAUGGCGAUUUAUAUCGUGAGGAUGAGAACUGGUCAGUUGAGGACAUGGCUUCUUUACCUAUGAAUGACGUAUGGACAAAGUGCGCCACCUUUGUCACACCGGAUCAUAGGGCGGCUCUGGACGCGCCUAUCACACAAGAGGAAGUCGCAGAGGCGAUGGGUGGGAUGCACAGGGGUAAGGCUCCCGGCCCGGAUGGUCUGCCGGCGGAAUAUCUGUUGGUUGCUAAGCAGAUCCUCCUUCCUUAUUUGUGCAUCGCCUUUAACCGCUUGUUCUCAGGAGAAGAAGCUCCUCCGGCCAAUUUCGGACAGACCACGAUCAUUCUCUUGUAUAAGAAAGGGGAUGUGGAAGAAGUUAGGAAUUGGCGACCCAUCUCUCUGUUAUCGGAGCCAUAUAAGAUGUAUGCGAAAGUCUUGGCCAACAGGAUCGCUCGUGUUUUGCCAUCCCUUGUCCGCCCGACACAGACGGGGUUUGUGGUUAGGAGACAGAUUCUGGUAAAUGUCCUUUUGGUUCGACAGAUCAUGGAAAGGGCACGAUGUUCCCAGCCCCCUUUGGCUACUCUGUUUUUGGACUUCGAAAAAGCCUACGACAGGGUUAGAUGGCCCUUUCUGCUGCAGGGCAUGAGACAUAGAGGGGCGGGGGAGGGCUUCGUUAAGGCAGUCGAAGUGGUUUUGGGGAUGGCUGAAGCCAGAGUUCAGAUUAAUGGUUUUUUGUCCUCCCCCCUGAGGAUCACGCGCUCUCUAAGGCAAGGUUGUCCCCUCUCUCCUGCGCUUUACAUUCUGUACGUCGAGCACCUACAUAAGAUGAUCCGGGCAAAUGAUCACAUUCUGGGGUUCAAGUUACCAGGGGGAGAGCAGGUGAAGUCUAAUGCGUUCGCAGACGAUACUGCUGCGAUGUCCCAGUUGACAAACGAUAGCGUCUCGGCCUUACGCAGUGAAGUGUCCCUGUUUGAGAAGUAUGCGGGAGCACGGGUAAACUGGGGGAAAUAUGUGGCGGUGGUCCCGGACGGUGCUGAUAUCGCAAUGUUUCAAGGCAUGAGGACUCGGUCAACUGAGGAACAGUUUCUAUACCUAGGCAUCCAGAUCCCUGCGGCUUUAUCUUCAGGGGAUCAGUUAGAGGAUCUCCUUUAUCGAGCAGUAACGCGAAUGAUGGCUUGGGCCAAACGCGCAACACAUGGGGUUUUUGGUAAGGUCCUCAUUGCUAACAAUGCGAUUUCUGCAACGUUGUGGUAUGCGGGAGUGGUGCGAUGGGAGAAAUUGGUGCAGCCAAGGUCGGUUGGGGGCCUGGGAUUGUUGGACCCUCGAGUGCAGGUUGCUGCCCUGCAAAUGCGCUCUGUUCUGUGGCUCCUUUUAGAGGAUGAUGCGGAACCUUGGAGGGUUGUUACAUUACAAGAGUUGGCGGAAGCGAUCAGGGUGCAUCCGGCGGACGUUGAAACGGCCCUUCUCCAUCCUCAGCUCUUAUAUGGUCUCCGUCGGGGGGCACUGUGGUCAGGUACCCUGGAAAAGUGGCGUGAAGCGCCCCUAAGGCAGUUGGCCCCGCGGACUGGUGAUCAGAUCCUCGGGCAGUCCUUGUUUGGCAACCGGUUCAUACUUCAGAUGGGGGCCCCUUUUCCAUGGCAGGGCGGGUUGGGUGCCUUUGCGAGGCAAUGGUUGGAGCAUGGGGUGCACCGGGUUGUUGAUAUUUGGGACGUGUUGAGGGGUACAUGGAGGGAGGAGGGGGAGGUGCUGCGACAAUUGGAUCACCAGCCAAACAAGAAGGACAGGCUGGAUGCGAUGAAACAAGCGAUCCCGCCGGAAUGGGUGGACUGCCUCAUAUCCAAGGACCGCACUCAGGGCGAAUGGGUAACGAUGGAAGGGCAGGACCGUCCGGUUGUUUUCUUUCAGUCAAGAGAGAAGGUGGGGUCUCAUUGGUACACGGCAGAGGCGUGGGAGGAUGUUGGACCACAAAUGGUCUUGGGUGAGCCUCUGGUUCGGCGGCCAGGUCGGGACGGCAGAGUUCAUGAAAGUACUAUAAGACCGGUUGUGGUGGUGAGGGACGAGUCAAUAUCUUCAGGGGGGGAUUUUCGACCUUUCAAGCCGGCUUUGAGGCCACUCCAACUCCCUUGGGACCCGUCGGUGUGGGAAUGGGCGCCCAAAAACUCCCUUAGGAAGGGUUGCAGGAUUCACCAGGUGUCCACGAAGGUGAUUUACAGGUCCCUGCUUGUCCCGACGGAUAUGGUUGACGAAAUGCGAGGGAGGUGGGCGAAACGGGGUUGGUUGGACCAGAAGGCUCUUCAGUCUUGGGAUGGGCCCACAUGGCAUAAAGCUUAAGCUCUUCUGGGAAUGGUGGGAUUCGUUGGGAGAGGCGGCCCACUGGCAGGUGUCAACAGGAGAAAUUCCUCUGUUCUCGUAGGGGCGUUGUUGGCGGGAGACGCGACGAGUGUGCGUGCGGCCUACACGGCGGAUGUGGUUCGGGCAGCCUUUUGGGCUGCAGUAUGGGCCAUGAGGUCCCGCCUGCUGCGAAAAGGGGUGUCUCCAUCGUUCCAGACACUCCGAGCAUGGAUGGUGCGGAAUUUGAGAACAGCGGUCUUUGCAGAUGUGGCCAAGAGACGAAGGGGAGGUCGGUCCUUUUUUGUCAAGCCUGGAGGCCUUACAGUGGGGGACCACGUUGGGGAAUGGUCUUGGGUGCUCUCAUGGGAGGAGGGGUCUUAGCCUUUUUAUCUUUUUUUGUUUUUCACUUAUUUAUUUGCCAAUGGGAUGGGUGGGUGUCGUGGCGAUACUGACGUGCAAAUCGUUCGUCGGACUUGGGUAUAGGGGCGAAAGACUAAUCGAACCGUCUAGUACCUGGUUCCCUUCGAAGUUUCCCUCAGGAUAGCUGGAGCUCUUGAACAGUUUUAUCGGGUAAAGCGAAUGAUUAGAGGUCUCGGGGGUGAAACACCCUCGACCUAUUCUCAAACUUUAAAUAGGUAAGAUUUCGGGGUUGCUUAAGCGAACCCCGAGGAUCAAUGAAAGCUCCANUAAGAUUUCGGGGUUGCUUAAGCGAACCCCGAGGAUCAAUGAAAGCUCCAAGUGGGCCAUUUUUGGUAAGCAGAACUGGCGAUGCGGGAUGAACCGAAAGUCGAGCUACGGUGCCAAACAACGCGCUAACCCAGACACCACAAAGGGCGUUGAUUGAUACAGAAAGCAGGACGGUGGUAACAACUCACCUGCUGAAUCAAUCAGCCCUGAAAAU